UUACGACAUCGCAGAAAGGCAUGACCGUCCCAGUAGGCAAUCAGUGUUCGAAUCGCAGAAACGGUUUUGAACUAAGGAAGAAUGAAAAUGUGAAUGAAAGAAUGAAGCAAAACAAAAGCAGAUGAUAGACCAUUACAAAGGGAUGGAAGUGAAAUUGUAGCUAGAUGAUGUCUCUAGUAAUUUUGUAAGUUGCCAAAUUGCAGGAAAAUUAGCGUAAAGAAGCUAGGAAACGGUGUCGGGUCGUGGUGUGUACGAAGAAUGAAUACCAAUUCUUUUUGAGCUGCCACAAAACAGAGCUGCUUCAGAAAAUUGGGAAAACUAUCCGAACAUACUCAAAAAGAAUUGAAAAAUAUUUGGAUGGGCCUUCAAAAUACCGUGAUUCCAACAUGAUUGAUCUGGAGAAACUACCUUGCGACGAUGGUUCCAUUGAACGUUCGGAAAAUAUGGACGGUUGUACUAGCGAUUACUCUGAUGUGCAAGCGGUAAUGAAACGUUGCUUUGAAAACAACAAUAAAUCGGACAGAGCGCUGGUGCUAGGUGAGAAGUUGGAAGCAUUGGAAGAGAGCAGAAGACGAAUGGAUCAAGAACUGGAUAUAGAAAUACAAAUAAAGCGGAAAGAAAUGGAGUUAAGGCUGGAAAUAGAGAAGAAGCGCUUGAUGUCGGAAAAGAAGUUUCGAGAAAAGCAAGAAGAAGAAGAAAAGUUACUGCAGGAAAAUAUUUUGCGAGAGCGCAAAUAUCAAUUAGAUCGAAUGAAGGCCAACCAACGAUCGUUUUUGGACAACUUGAAGAAGCUGGAUGCCAAAAUUACGAAGCUGAAAACCAAAACUAAGCGUGUCGCAUUGGGCAGGCAGUUUGAGGAUGAGGAUGACAGCGACACUGAAGAUUCAGAAGUGGAGGACAAUAAGUACAUCAAGAAGCAGUCGAGUGACAAGGGCAAGCACUUCAAAUUAAGCCAACACGGGCUGGGGCGGCCACAAUGUGUUCCAACUAAGGCCCAGUUAGCUGCAAGAAGUGGCAUGUCUAAAGCAUUGCCCACUUUCUGCGGUAAAACAGAGGAAUGGCCUCUCUUUUAUGGAGCUUAUCAGGCAUCGAACGAAGCAUGUGGAUAUACUGACGUGGAAAACCUGGUUCGAUUGCAAGCCUGUCUAAAAGGUCCAGCCCUUGACAUGGUUCGUGGACAAUUGAUACUUCCAAAGUCGGUCCCGAGGGUUAUUGAAAAGCUCCAUCAAUUAUUUGGGCGUCCUGAACAGCUGUUGCAGAGUCACCUGGACAAGAUUCGGAGUCUGAAACCACCAGAAGCGAAUAACUUGGCCGGCUUUAUUCCUUUUGGAACUGUAGUUGAGCAGUUGUGUGAGCAUUUGGAGGCAGCGGAAAUUAGACAACACUUAAUCAAUCCGUUGUUGAUCCAAGAACUUGUGGAUAAGCUACCGCAUAGUGACAAGCGAGGAUGGGUUCGUUUCAAGCGCAGGAGUAAAAAGGUUUCUCUACGGACAUUUACCGAUUUCGUCUCGGAAAUAGUUUCGGAAGCAUGCGAAGCUAACGUGAAAAUAGAAUACAAUUUUGCACAUGAUUAUCGACUGGACAGUCUUCCGGCAAAUACCGAGUCAUUGCCAGCAACAGUGAUGGAGGUCGAUGAUGGCGAAAAUGAGGAUUCACAUCCUGAUGAAUGGAAGGAUUCCAAUCCGUGUGAAGAAACGCCUUUGCAACAACGAGGCGAUGCAGUCGAAACUAGUGGACACAUUCGAACGAACACAAAGGUUUUAUUCCGAAUGGUUCCAGUGCAUCUGCAUUACGGCGAGAAGACGGUUCGUACACUGGCGCUCUUGGAUGAAGGUUCUUCAGUAAGUUUGGUCGAAAAAGGGCUAGCCGAUAAACUAGGAGUGCAUGGUGUCCAUGAGAAACUCACUAUUGAGUGGACAGCUGGCAUCGGUCGAAUCGAGAAAGAUUCAAAACGUAUGGACCUCUGGAUAUCAGGAGAUAAAAAGGAUGAACAACUGUUCAUUGAGUCAGUUCACACCGUUGAAAAGCUGAAACUACCAGCACAAUCGUUGAACGCAGUGAAGCUUUCUCAACAAUAUCAACAUAUACGAGGUCUUCCUAUUUCCUCGUACAGUGGUAGACCGGAAAUACUAAUCGGGGUCAAUAAUAUACAUUUGUUUGCCCCGAUUGACUCAAGGAUCCGUGGAGCAGCUGAGCCGAUAGCUGUGAAAUGCAAAUUAGGAUGGACGGUUUAUGGCCCAGGACAAGAACAUCCAGUCGAUCAAAGUCGUCACCUUGGGUUUCAUAAAAGAGCAAGUGAAGACAAUUUCAACGGUGGCUAUGGAAACUCAACAGCAACGGAAAAACAAAAUGAAGAAGGUAAAGUUCAUAAACCGGUACACAAGGAAAACACCAAGAGCAUGUUUAAGCGAAUCUCAGGGAAAGAUAAUAGCAAGGGUAAAGAGCAAGAACAAAACCAAAUAGUGUGUAAACGUAAUGCGAUGUCUGAAGAAUGCGAUGGUAAAUCCAGGGCAGCAUGCAUUACUGGAUCUUACGGGCUGGGGCUUGUUACGACAUCGCAGAAAGGCAUGACCGUCCCAGUAGGCAAUCAGUGUUCGAAUCGCAGAAACGGUUUUGAACUAAGGAAGAAUGAAAAUGUGAAUGAAAGAAUGAAGCAAAACAAAAGCAGAUGAUAGACCAUUACAAAGGGAUGGAAGUGAAAUUGUAGCUAGAUGAUGUCUCUAGUAAUUUUGUAAGUUGCCAAAUUGCAGGAAAAUUAGCGUAAAGAAGCUAGGAAACGGUGUCGGGUCGUGGUGUGUACGAAGAAUGAAUACCAAUUCUUGUAAGUAAGAUUAGAAAUUUGAAAUUGGUGUAAUUUAAUUAUUGAAAAUAAACUCGUUUUAGUUUGAGCUGCCACAAAACAGAGCUGCUUCAGAAAAUUGGGAAAACUAUCCGAACAGGUUUGAUUAUUGAACGCUUACAGCGCCACCUAGCGGCAAAAUUCGAAAACUUAAAAUUUCUGCAUACAUUUGGCCAAGUUUUCCCAUACAAACUUCAAGCGUUUUGAGCGCCCCUUUAGGCUCAACCGAUUUUGCUCAAAUUUUGAACGUAGCUUC